AUGAUCACUCGAUUAUUAUUAUUCACCAUAUUUGGUGUGAUUUUGGCGCCGACCGACGCGUUUUUUGUGUUCAACAAUCCCGAACAAAUUCAGCCGGGUUAUGGCUACGUGGGACCCGCGUGUGCAGUUUUUGAAGGCGUCUUGUUUCUUCACGGCGUCUCGAAGCGAAAACUCAGCCAUCAUGAGCUUUUCGUGUUUCAAGAAUAUCAAAAUGAUUUAAGCAGAUUUAAAGACGCUUCCACAAGCUUUGACAGUUUCGAGGAAUCGCCGCCAAUCGUGCCGACAUUUUGCGGCGGCUUCGACGAUUCCAUCGAAGUCGUGUUAGAUUCGUGCAUUGUUCGGAACAAUCACGUCUAUGUCGGCGACAAUUUAAUUCGUGCGCUCACCAAUUUCGAAAAACAGAAAAUCGAAAUGGUAAAAGUGCGAAAAAUGUAUGGGACUUCGAGGAAACGCCGAAUUCGCGCGGCUCCGUUGCCCGGAACUCGACCGCAACACGAUUUCUCCGAGAUGAUUCACAAGCUGCUCAACGUGAAUUCAACGGUGACCUCGCGAUUCUUGCCCGUUGUCAGCCAGAGUCCGCUGUUUGCCAUGGAAGGUCCGUGGCAGAGUAUUUUGAAUAUCAAUAAAGAUGCGAAGUUCGCCUAUAAUCCAACUGUGGACAUCACUAAGAUUGAUAAUCCGUAUCGUGGUGGAUUUACGACGACGACGAUUAGAACAACGACGACGACAACGACAACGAGUCAACCGCCGAAGAAGCCGAAUUUGAAAAAGGCGAAGAAGCCGGCGCACAAAUUGACAACGGCAACGUCGUCGAGUUCUACAACAAAAGUUUCUUCAACACCUUCGACGACGACAGUUCGCGAAAUAUCGCUUCCAAGUUUCACUACCACGUUGCCCGAACGGACCACGAGAGUUGAAACGGUUGUGAACCCAAUCAUUCUACGACUAAUAGCAAAAGCUCUUGAAAAUAAUGAGCUUGUCGACGAAACGGCGAUAUCAGAAGCGACGAGACAACCGAAAAUUGAGCCGCUGAAUUUGCGAUUCGUGGUCCCGCCGGCAUUGUCGACUCCGUCAUCUCGCAUCGCCGGUCCCGCUCACAAUCAUCUAUUCGUGCCGAAUCAAUCAUUUUUGACAUCAUUGGCGACGACAGACCGGCGAAUUCAGGAGCCAACCGGGCUCUCGCAUCGAUUGCCCAACGAAAUUUGUCGAGCGCAUCUCAAAGCGAACCCGUUUUUCUUUUGA